GCUGGCAACAAAGAUGUCAUUAUCCCACCACCUAGUUAUCCACCAAUUUUUACAGCAGAAGCCACAAUGAAUCUUCCAUCUUUUAUUUCCAUGACCGAGAAUUUGGAUUCAACAGAAUUUGGUAGUGUUUUAGAUGAGA